GUCACUGCUCUGACAUCUGCCUGAGUAAAGACGUUUCACUUCCGCGCGGACAUUCACGUGUCUCAGAUCUUGAGAGACAAUCAUCGUAGACAAAGCUGUACGACAAAAAUGCUGGGAACGUCUGCACCAACUGUGGACCCUACACCCAGCAACUCAACCUUCCUUGACUCAGAGUUUCGUUAUGUGCUGUUUCCAGUCAUCUACAGCAUCAUCUUCAUCCUGGGCUUCUUUGCGAACAUCUACAUACUAUUUGUCCUGCGGUGCCUCCGUCAAACAAAGGCCAUGGGAGAGAUCCGCAUUUACAUGACCAACCUGACCAUCGCUGAUCUCUUUUUUGUCUGUGCCCUUCCGUUCUGGAUUGAUUAUUAUAUUCGUGGGGGCAACUGGGUCUAUGGAGAGUUUAUGUGCCAGCUGACAGGCUCCUUGUUUUUCAUUAACACCUAUGGUACCGUCCUCUUCCUUGGAGCUAUCAGCUAUAAUCGAUACUGGGCAGUCACAAAGCCACUGGAUGCAGCUUCCUCAGAUCACAAGUGUCGUGGGAUCAUUGUGUGUGCCGCUAUCUGGUUGUUCACUGUGUCUGCAACCAUUCCAAACUGGAAAACAAACUCAACCCAUGCUGACUUAGAAAAUGAAAACUUAACUCGAUGUUUUGAGGGCUACCAGGAUGAAGACGAUUAUGACAAAAAGAAAGUGGCCAUCCUUCAUUUCUCAAUAAUUGGAAUGUUUUUUGUUGUCUUUUUCCUUGUGGUGGUCUGCAAUUUCCUUAUUGCUCAAGCGUUACUUACUCAGAAAGCUCCUCAGGCAGAAGUGCGAUCUGCGACAGUCACAUCCAAAAUGUCCAGAACCAUGUCGUCCUUAGGUCGAAGGUCCAGAGGAGUGAAACAGAGGGCUCUGCAGAUGCUCUUUGCAGUGGUGGGAGUAUUCAUUCUUUGUUUCUUGCCGCACCAUAUAGUUCAAGGCCCCUGGACGUUGACAGUGCUGCAGAUCAAAGAUGGCUGGGGCCACAUGGACUGGGGUCAAGAAACCCGUCAAGCAUUUAAUGAUGCACAUCAGAUCACCUUGGUUCUUAUGAGUCUCAAUUGCAUUUUGGAUCCUGUGGUUUAUUACUUUGCCACAAGAAAGUUUAAGAAAUUCAUUGUGGCCCAUAUUAAAAAGUUUGCAAAGGGAGAAGGAUGCUCUUCUACAGUUACCACAAAUGUUUCUCUGGACAGCAGAGAUCAGAGUCAGAAACUCCAGAGUAUUCACCAACAGCCCAAAGAGGAAUGACUCAGUGUUAUGUAAUAUAUGUACAUAUUUCAAGAGGGAAAUGUAGAAUUUUACUUCUGACAUUUCAAGUUACCUCUAAAGAUUAUAUGCUAAUCUUUUGUUGCAUCAUUGAUGAACAGUACAGAGCUGGAGGUAGGAUGGAUAGAAUCGGGAUUGAAUAUAAUAGAGGGACAUCCCAUGUUAGAUGUUUUGAAGACAAAGCCAGAGAGGCCAGACUAUGAUGGUUUGGGCAUGUACAAAUGAGAGAUAUAUAGUGGAAUAUAUCAGGAAAAUGAUGCUGAGGUUGGGAAACCAAGCAUGAGACCUAGAGGAAGACCGAGGAGGAGAUUUCUGGAUGAAGAGGAAGAGGACAUGAAGUUAGUUAGUAUGAAAGAAGCAGAGGGUGCAGAGGUUAGGGUUAGAUGGAGGGAGAUGAUUGUGGCAACCUCCGAGUGGAAUAGUUGAAAAGGAAAGAAAAUGUAUGGGUUUAAUGUCGGCAGCUUCAAACUCAGUCUCCCAUAAGCUUGUAAAAUGGUCAUAAAAUGUAGCCUAUUGACCGUAAGAGCUUACAUAUAGGAAUUUAGUUCUAAAGAUAUAAAAUGUCCAAUGAAAGGAGUGUUAUUCAGUGCUGGUUGGAAAUAGUUCUAUUUUUACGAGGCUGCAGGAUGUGUGUUGGAGUUGUCAUCAGGAGACAUUAGUUUGUCUCUCAUCUGAUCCAAUACUUUUUCCUUUGUAAUGUUUUUUUUUUUAUAAUUUAAUUUUUAUUUUCACACAUGCUUUUGUCAAUGUAUUAAAAAAUACUUGUAACGGGUGCUGUGUAGUUCCAGGGGUGGGACGUACAGACACUGCAAGCCCUGCAUGCUACCCCUCUUUCUCGUAUCUUAGCAGCACAGCUCAUCUGCUACAUGAAAGCAGACUUCACCUCCUAAAGACUUUUUAAAGCCAUGUUAAUGCGACCUCACACAUCUCGAUUGACAUGGAAGUUGUGAAGCUGUACUCUGUAUUGUGCAAUGUUUUUGCUCUUCCUGUGUAAACUAAAAAGCAGAAGUUUUGCAAGCAACUGUGGAAAAUUGUAGUUGAGGAUGACAAUUGAUGAAGUGUUUAUACAUGUUAUUUAAGUCAUAGCACUGGUGUUUAGCUCAGAAUGUAUUCAGUCAAAUAUGAAUAUAUUUAAGGUUUAGCCACGUAUUUUAGCCACUAGAACACAUAUAAACAAAUUUCACAUGCAUGAUGUCCCAUCAAUAAAAUAGUGACCAAAGUGUUUAACAAUUAUCAGAAGCAAAAGACAAAAAACAAAACACCCACAAAAGCAAAAACAAAUAACAAUAAAAAAAAACAAAGAAAAAAUUAUUUUGUUGGAAGAUUAAGAACACCAGCUUCAAAAAAUAAAAAGUUUUCAGUUUAGCCUAGAAGAUAUUUAUGGAGGCCGAAUCUUUGACUGAAAUAAAAAGGCUGUUCCAAAGCUUCAAAGCUUUUAGAGGAAAACAAUGUAAUGGGUCGCUGCACCUUUUAGAGCCUUAAAAACAUAUAAAAGAAUCUUAAACUCAAUGUGAUAUUUUACUGGCAGCCAGUGCAGAGACAUGAGGACGGGGGUGACGCCGUCUCUUUUCUUUGUUCCUGUUAUGAGUCUAGCUGCAGCAUUUUGUACUAUCUGCAGAUGAGACAGAACAGUGCUGAGGUAACCGAUUUUAAAAUUUUCAAGAAGAGGAGCAGCUAAUUUUGGCUACUCUUCUUAACAGGAAGAAACAAGAUUUAACCAGAAUUAUAUCCUGCAUUGUGACACCAGGGAGCAGAAGUUAAAAUGCUCAAUUUCCCCUCUAGCAUCACAUUUCAACAUCUCCUACAGCAAAAUCUCCCUAUGAUUCAUUACAAUAGCGAAAACUAGUCCAUGUAAUUAUCCGGCUCUUUGCUACAUGCUGUAAAGACUUUGUUUACAUUUACUUUGAGCUUGUUUGUUGUUGUAACAGAAUAAGCAUUUUGUGAAGCAACUUUGCCAUCAGACCGGUGUGAUUUCUAUCUUUUCUUUUUCAUGUUAUUUCAAUAAAAUAAUUUUGGGUUGAAUUUCUUU